AUUCAACCAUCACAGGGUAACCCUAUAUUAUUCGGACGCUCGUGCCCCCGUUUGUACCCUGCCUGUAGGAGCACGUUGAUUGAUCUUCCUGAAAAUAUGUUCAAUAGAUGGGUCUGCCACUUUGCUUGUUGGCAGUGUAUGUGCAACUGCCAUAGUAAUCGGCUGUGUGGGAGUCUGAGCGUUGAACCUUCUUUUCACUCACUCUUAUUAUCUUGGAUUUGGUGUGUAAACCGUUGUUGCCAUGAAGCUGGUACGCAUUGUGAAGAUAAAGGCGAUGUUUCGCAGGUUGCAGUUUCCUGUGAAAAGGCACAAGGCAGUCAGUUCACAAGAGAACAUGUCGGGAAACAGCCUGGUUUUACCCAUAGUGCUGUGGGGCCGCCGCGCACCCACACACUGCAUCUCCAGUCUGCUGGUGAUGGACGACUUCGCCACCAUCAUCACAGGCUGCCAUGAUGGACAGAUCUGCAUCUGGGACAUGACGCCCGAGCUGGAGAUAAGUCCACGGGCCCUUCUGUUUGGACACACUGCUUCCAUCACCUGUUUGUCCAAAGCCAAUGUUGGCAGCGACAAGCAGUACCUAGUCAGCGCUUCAGAGAGUGGUGAGAUGUGCCUGUGGGACGUCAAUGAUGGCCGCUGCAUUGAGUUCACCAAGCUGGCCUGCGCUCACACUGGCAUCCAGUUCUACCAGUUCACCAUCGGCACCCAGCGCGAGGGCCGUCUCCUCUGCCACGGCCACUACCCUGAGAUCCUGGUAGUGGAUGCCACCAGUCUGGAGGUGCUCUACUCCCUGGUGUCCAAGAUCUCUCCCGACUGGAUUAGCUCCAUGAGCAUCAUCCGCUCGCACCGCACACAAGAGGACACUGUAGUCGCUGUGUCAGUCACUGGCAUUCUGAAGGUGUGGAUCAUAACUUCCGAUGUGAGCAGAAUGCAGGAUCAGGACCCAGUGUUUGAGGAGGAGUCCAAGCCCAUCUACUGCCAGAGCUGCCAGAGCAUCUCCUUCUGCACCUUCACCCAGCUCUCCCUGCUGGUGGUCUGCUCCAAGUACUGGAGGGUGUUGGAUGCGGGGGACUUCUCCCUGCUCUGCUCCGUGCCCAGUGAGAAUGACCAGGCCUGGACCGGAGGAGACUUCAUCGCCGCUGAUAAAGUCAUCAUCUGGACAGAGGACGGAUGCAGCUACAUCUAUAAGCUGCCCGCCAGCUGCCUGCCUGCCAGUGAGCAUUUCCGCAGUGACAUAGGAAAGACAACAGAGGGCUCCAUUCCUCCUCUGGUCUACAGCAUCGCAGAUCGCGCUGACAAACAGUGUACCUCUUCUGUGGUGUUUUAUUUUUGUUUACCUUGUCCGUGUCCCCCCCCCAUCCCCCCGUCACCCCCGCGUGGACGCCUGCGUCCCCAGGUAGAGGAGGGGUGUGAGGGGGAGCUUGUGGUGUGUCUCCCCGACGUGGCGGUCGACCCAGCGCUGUACACCCCUCAGCUGCUGUUCCUCCAGCGGCCUCUAGAGGCACCACUGCUCAUAUGCCCUCCGGUGACGCGCUUCUUCUACGGCCGGCGCGAGCCCUUCCACAAGCUGCUGGUGCAGGGCGACUCCGCCGGCUGCCUCUCCCUCUGGAGCAUCCCGGAGACCUCUCCUCUACAGCCCCUCUCCUCUGCAGCAGAGCUGCAGGUCACCUCCUCCAUCAGCUUGCAGGGUGCCUUCGACAAGCUCAUGCCCUGUUCGGCGGGCAUCAUCGACCAGCUGAGUGUGGUGCCAGGCUCCGAGGAGCCCAUCAAGGUGACGGCCAGCGUCUACAUUCCGGGGCAGGGCCGGCUGGUGUGUGGCCGAGAGGACGGCAGCAUCAUCCUGGUGCCUGCCACCCAGACCGCCAUCGUUCAGCUACUGCAGGGAGAGCACAUGCUACGCAGAGGCUGGCCCCCCCACCGCACCCUUCGGGGCCAUCGGGACAAGGUGACGUGUCUGCUGUACCCAAACCAGGUGUCUGCGCGGUACGACCAGCGUUCCCUGGUGUCCGGAGGCGUGGACUUCUCCGUCAUCGUGUGGGACAUCUUCACUGGCGAGAUGAAGCACAUCUUCUGUGUCCACGGAGGAGAGAUCACCCAGCUGCUGGUGCCGCCGGAGAACUGCAGCACCCGGGUGUCCCACUGCGUGUGCUCGGUGGCCAGUGAUCACUCCGUGGGCCUGCUGAGCCUGCGGGAGCGCAAGUGCAUCAUGCUGGCCUCGCGCCACCUCUUCCCCAUCCAGGUCAUCAAGUGGAGGCCCUGCGACGACUACCUGGUGGUGGGCUGCUCCGACGGCUCCGUCUACGUCUGGCAGAUGGACACAGGUGCGCUGGACCGCUGUGUGAUGGGCAUCACGGCCGUGGAGAUCCUGAACGCGUGUGACGAGCUGGCGCCGGCUACGGUGGACGCGCUCAACCACCCGGCGGUGAACCUGAAGCAGGCCAUGACACGCCGCAGCCUGGCCGCCCUCAAAACAUGGCCCAGCACAAGCUGCAGACGCUGGCCACUAACCUGCUGGCCGCAGACAACGCAGACAAGGGACAGCGUGAGGUGCCCGGGAGAAGCAGACAUCUGUCAAAUGAUCGAGCGUGGCGCGGAGCCUGCACGCCUUGCAGAGCUGAUUCGCUCGUUCCUCAUCAGCCAGACAGCCAAGCCAGGCCUCCUGAGCCCUCAUCCCCCAAACACCCCCCCUCUCCCCCUCUUCAAACUAGAGAAUGAGGGGAACCUGCCCAAGUACUCCCACAAUGCACUUGUGGUACAGGCCAUGAAGACCAACGUGACGGACUCAGACAUGCAUGUGCUUUUCUUCGACGUGGAGGCCGUCAUCAUCCAACUGCUGACGGAGGAGGCCCAGAGGCCCAGCCCCAUGCUGGUCUCCCCGGAGACGCUCCAGAAGGCGCCGGGCGGGGUGGACAAAGGAGGCUCCCUGCUUGCCAGCAAGAUCUUUAAACAGGUGAAAGAGACCAUCAAGGAGAAUAUCAAGGAGCAUCUUCUGGACGAGGACGACGAGGAGGAAGAGGAGAUGCGUCGUCGCGAGGAGAAGUCCAAGUCGCUCAGCCUGCUGGAGUACAACCUGACCAUGGACACGGCCAAGCUCUUCAUGUCGUGCCUCCACGCCUGGGGCCUGAACGGCAACCUGGACGAGGUGUGCCUGAGCCGCCUGGGCAUGCUGAAGCCCCACACGCCCAUCUCCUUCGGCCUGAUCUCCCGCGGCGGCCACAUGUCCCUCAUGCUGCCCACCUUCAAGGAGUCCCUGAUGAGGCAGCUGGCGCUGGGCGGCCCCGAGGACGGCCGGAAGCUGUCCGUGUCCGAGAUCGUGGGCAAGGGCACCUACGGCGUGUCGCGCGCCGUCACCACGCAGCACCUGCUGUCGGUCAUCUCGCUGGCCAACACGCUCAUGGGCAUGACCAACGCCACCUUUGUGGGCGAGCACAUGAAGAAGGCCCCCACACGCCCCCCCAGACCGGGCACCCCCGAGACCCUGAGGAAGACCGGCCCGCCGCCCCCAACCUCCAGUCCCGCUCUGCAGGCCCAGAUCAAACAAGCUGCUGCUGCCACUUCCGCGCCCGGCUCUGGGGCUAGUCUCACUGGCCCCGCUUUUCAUCCCUCUCCCUCAGUCAACGAAGACAAUGGAUGGAGCCAGCUGGCUGCCAUGCACUGUGUGAUGCUGCCAGACCUGCUGGGACUGGACAAGUUCAGACCCCCUCUGCUGGAGAUGCUGGCUCGCCGCUGGCAGGACCGCUGCCUGGAGGUGAGGGAGGCGGCCCAGGCGUUGCUGCUGGCUGAACUGCGGAGGAUUGGCCAGUCUGGCAGGAAGGACACCAUUGAUCUGUGGGCCCCGUAUUUGCCUCAGUAUGUGGACACAGUCAGCUCCCCCACAGCAACUGAGGCGCCGCAGCCAAUCCCACCACCCCCUGAACCGCAGCCAGUGGAGGUCAAAGUCCAGGAAGAGGAGAUAGACGUGACGGACGAUGACAUCACUGCAGGCUGUUUGUCCAACCUGCCUCCCAAUGCUAAGAAGAUCUCCAACUCUUACGAGGAGCGUCGGAAGCAGGCCACGGCCAUCGUGCUGCUGGGCGUGAUAGGAGCCGAAUUCGGCGCCGAGAUCGAGCCGCCCAAGCUGCCGUCGCGCCCCCGCACUGCCGGCCAGGCCCCCGAGGGCUUCGGCCUCACCACCGGCGGGUCCAACUACUCCCUCGCACGGCACACCUGUAAGGCUCUGACGUUCCUGCUGCUGCAGCCCCCCAGUCAGAAGCUCCCCCCCCACAGCACCAUCCGUCGGACAGCGAUUGAUCUGAUUGGCCGUGGCUUCACGGUGUGGGAGCCCUACAUGGACGUGUCGGCGGUGCUCAUGGGCCUGCUGGAGUUGUGUGCCGACGCUGAGAAGCAGCUGACCGGCAUCACAAUGGGGCUGCCCCUGAACCCUGCAGCCGACUCGGCCCGCUCGGCUCGCCACGCUCUCUCGCUCAUCGCCACGGCCCGCCCACCCGCCUUCAUCACCACCAUCGCCCGUGAGGUGCACAGACACACGGCGAUGCAGUCGCAGGGUUCGCAGUCCCAGCAGAACGUGCACACCACCACUCUGGCCCGAGCCAAGACUGAGAUCCUGCGCGUCAUCGAGAUCCUCAUCGAGAAGAUGCCCAGCGACGUGGUGGACCUGCUGGUGGAGGUGAUGGACAUCAUCAUGUACUGCAUCGAGGGCUCUCUUGUCAAGAAGAAGGGUCUGCAGGAGUGUUUCCCCGCUAUCUGCAAGUUCUACAUGGUGGGUUACUGCGACCGCAGUCACCGCAUCGCCGUGGGCGCGCGCCAGGGUUCCGUGGCGCUGUACGACGUCCGCACCGGCAAGUGCCAGGUAAGAACCGUCCACCCGUCCCUCCCCCUUCCUCUUACCCAGCCUCCUGCUCUGUCACUCUGGGGGGUAACUCCCCCUUGCCCUGCCUCCUGCCCCUCCGUGCCCCGCUGCGUGUGAGCAGGGCCGUGGGAGGUGGGGGCAGGUUGAGCGAGUCCGGUCGAUGGGCACCGUGGGCCGGCGGGGGCAGGAGGGGCAGGAGGGCAGCGCUCUGGCACCCUGGCAGGCGGUCCGUGCCAUCCUCUCAACCCGUGUGACCAGGCAUCAAGGGGGA